AUGGAUAAUGUUUUACGACAUUUAAAAAUAAGCAAGGAACAAAUAACACCAGUUGUUUUAGUUGUAGGAGAUCCAGGAAGAGUCGACAAGAUAAAAGUGGUAUGUGAUUCAUAUGUUGAUUUAGCAUACAACAGAGAAUACAAAAGUGUAGAAUGUCAUUAUAAGGGUCAGAAAUUUUUAUGUGUUAGUCACGGUGUAGGUUCAGCAGGAUGUGCUGUAUGUUUUGAAGAAUUAUGUCAAAAUGGAGCUAAAGUAAUUAUUCGUGCAGGUUCAUGUGGAUCUCUUCAACCAGAUUUAAUAAAAAGAGGUGAUAUAUGUAUAUGUAAUGCAGCUGUUAGGGAAGAUAGAGUUUCUCAUUUAUUAAUUCAUGGAGAUUUCCCAGCAGUUGGUGAUUUUGAUGUUUAUGAUACUUUAAAUAAAUGUGCACAAGAAUUGAACGUUCCAGUUUUUAAUGGUAUCAGUGUUUCAUCAGAUAUGUAUUAUCCCAAUAAAAUUAUUCCUUCAAGAUUAGAAGAUUAUUCUAAAGCUAAUGCUGCUGUUGUUGAAAUGGAACUAGCUACUCUUAUGGUUAUUGGAACCUUAAGAAAAGUUAAAACAGGUGGUAUUCUUAUUGUUGAUGGAUGUCCAUUCAAAUGGGACGAAGGUGAUUUCGACAACAAUUUAGUUCCUCACCAAUUAGAAAAUAUGAUUAAAAUAGCCUUAGGAGCAUGUGCAAAAUUAGCAACCAAAUAUGCCUAA